AUGUUAGUUGAUGAGGCAUUAAACACUCAAGCGGCAAACAACAAUAACGGGUUAUCCAAGACUCACGCUCACGUUUCUGAUGAAGUCUGCAAUAGUCCUCAUGCGGCCACGGCCCCGGCCGGUUCUGCUCUCCACGGGUUGAGUGCACCCCCGCGGCGUCUCUCCCUGCGUGCCCGCGAUGCGGAGGGCCAUGCGGCAAAUCACACCGAGCCGGUGAAGACCCCGCGGCGGCCCUCCACGCAGGAGCUCCAGCAGCACCCGUCCCCCCACGCGGAUGCGAAGAAGGCAACAGGGCCGCGGGACGAGGGGGAGACCUUCUCGGAGUUCGGCUCCGAGGCCCCAGAGGCGGCCACCGCGGCGCCGCCGAAGCCCCUCCCACGCCCCACACCAAACACCACCAGCACCACCGUCACAAAAACUCCAACCGGUGCGGUGGCCGUAACGACGCAUCGGCGGUCGUUUCAUGGAAGCGGGUGGGCAUCGCUGCUCAGCAGUGCACGGGACACAGUGGAGCGCACACUUCUCAACGAGACAUCGCAGGCGGUGCGUAUUCCCGAUAAUUCCAUCCGCAUUGUCUCACUUGAGAUGGACGGCGAUCGGAUGGUGGCGGAGAUCGCACUUGUGCAUGAACCAACUUUUACAGAGACGACUGUGCAACAAGCACUCGACACGUAUCCAUUUGAUGGGAUGCGAAUGCUCUUGCAGAUCCAUGAUGAGAAACCGCAGCAGCCAACAGGUCUUGGCGCCGUACUCGCCGGCAUGGCAGGCCACAAAGAUGACAGUGUUAACAAGAACAACAACAACAACAACAGUCAUAAUGUUGUUAAGGAUGGACAUGAGAGUGAGAGUGUGUCAGACCCGGAAAGUUUGGAGCUUGUGGAAGAAAAGGGGGACGAAGAGGCAAGCGCCGCCACAAGAACACCUACAGCAGCAGCAGUACCCGAAGCAGAAGGAGGAGCUCCAACAACAACAGCAGCAGCAGAAGCAAAGCCGAAAGAUAGCGAGCACACAGAGAAGCCAAAAGCACAGGAUAAUACCGCAAAGUCACCGAAGGCUAAUACCCCAACACAUAAAGGAAAGGAAGCCUCUACACCUCGAACUGCUGGAUCGCCACGUGGAACGAGUAAUGCUACUGCAGCUAAAGCUCCUCGUACUCCACGUACUGGUAAUAAAACAGAUGCGGCUAAAGCUCCUCGUACACCUCGAACUGCUGGAUCGCCACGUGGAACGAGUAAUGCUACUGCGGCUAAAGCUCCUCGUACUCCACGUACUCCACAUGCUGGUAACAAAACAGAUGCAGCUGCAGCUCCUCGUACUCCACGUACUCCACAUGCUGGUAACAAAACAGAUGCAGCUGCAGCUCCUCGUACUCCACGUACUCAACAUGCUGGUAAUAAAGCAGAUGCGGCUAAAGCUCCUCGUACUCCACGUACAACUCGUCCUUCGGGAGGUAUAUCACCUGAAAGGCGAGGUUCACGGUCUCCCCGUGGAGGAAGUCCACCUCCUCCAGGAACAUAUUUUUCAUUACGGUCUCCUCGCGCAGGAAACGCAACACUUUACUCCACCAUAUCCCAUACUCCACGCACGUAUGGAUCAACUACACCACGGCGUCCCUCAAGACACAAUGCGGGAGACAGAGCUGCAUCCAGUGAACGUGCUCGUUCACACACACCAACGGGACGCGGCGGGAGAAAUUCAGAACAAUUACACCAGCAAGCACUUGCAUGUAAUGCCAUUCUUGAAAAGUGGAGGAAUAAUGGGUUAUUGCGCAGGAAUGAUCCUCCUAUUCCACCACAACGAGUGAUCCGUUUGGGAUGCUCGCUUGGGCCACACACACCUCGUAUGUCAAUUCCUGCCGCAGCCUCUGACGCUGAUUCUCAUCCUGUCGAGCAACGUUCUGCAUCUAAUGGCGCUCGUUCCGGUGAUGAGAAUGGAAUCACAAUGAAUUAUCAUGCGGUUGCUGUUAAAAGAAUUUAUUCCUUCCACGACGAAAAUGAGGAAAAUCAUAUUCCCCCUGCUAGUGCACCAGAUCCUGAGGAUACAGAAAGUGACCAUUAUCCAUAUCAGUAUCACUCCAAGCCGCAAUCGCAAUCGCAACCGAGACGUCAUUCGCCUCUCAAGGACACACCUGGCAUCUCCCAUGGAUUGCGGUCACCAGUACGAAAUAACAGAACGCAGACACAGAGUGAGGAUGUGCACCAUGGAUCUGCCCCUAGCGAAGGUACAUCUAUUGAAUGGGAAGAAGUGUAUAUCACUGAAGAAGUAAGAUGUGAGUGA